AUGAAGAAGUAUUGGUGGAACCAUGACCAAGAUAUAGAAAUUCUUAGUUCUGGAAACCCAAUAGCUGAAAGCAGUCCAAGAAAUAUAUACUUACUUGAUGAUUUAGAUACUCAAUCUAUAAAUGAGGACUUAGAAGAUUCGAUAUUAAGGAAUGCUGAAGUGCACAACCCAGCUGAGAUGGACUCAGAUUCGGAUAAUGAUGGAGAAGUUGUGAGUAUUGGUUCUAUUAUUGAUGAGAGGGGUAGAAAAUUACAGGUAAAGGAAUUAACCAGAAGUAGAUCUAUUACACCUUUCAAGAUCAGAGAAAAUAUAAGUCACUUUAUGGGAUGGGACCAAGAAACUGAGGAGAUAGGUUGGGACGACAAACUAACUAAAGCUGUGACCAAAAACUAUCUUGAAAAUAUAUCUGACCAGAAACUAGGAUUCACUAAGCCUAGUUCAAGAUUAGCUAUUAUGAACAAUGAACAAAAUAUAGCUUUAAUAUUUGAAAAGGAAUACAUGAAAAGGACUUUUAAUGAUUUUCCUUUGUACUAUCCUUGGGCGGUCUAUGAAAAGGAGAAAUCAUUGGAUUAUGAUACUGUUCUACAAACAUUCAUAGAUUUCCAAAUCACCUUCAAAAGGUUGAAAAGAAAAGAUUCCAAAGACAAAAUCCGGAUUUUUAGGAGCGGUAUAGUUCCCAAACGUAAAGAUGAAUUCAACAUUCAUAGCUGUAGUAUUGAUAUGAAGAUUACUGAUAAGUUGAUUGAAUUCGAAACAUUCAAAACUCUUGUCCGUUUGAUUAUCGAUGAUACGUUCUUCAAACCAGAAAUUCAAAUUUCACCUAUAGGGUUGGUUUUCAAGAAAAAAUAUCUUUAUUCAAUCAUAUCGAUCUGGCUUUAUCCACCACUAACGAGAUUUGAUGAAGAAAAUAUAUUCAAUCCCAAGUCUAUCAUGGAUUUCAUCGAAUGCAUGAAAAGAUCCUUGCCCGAUCACAUUCAUCAUGUGCUUUCCACAGCUGUUAUAGUUGAAAAUGAAACUCAAUCUAUAACAUCCUUAUAUUAA